ACAAUAAAUAACAACAAAGCAAUUGAAAAGAAAACGACAACAAUCACGUACAACUUUAUGGAGAGAAAAAGGACUUCCGAGCAGCAUGGCAAUUUUUAAAGCACGCGUAAAGGAAUUCGAAGAUAUUUUUUCACAGGAUGUAAUUGAGCUGAAGCAGCUGCGCCAGCACACGUUCAAUGGUGUCCCCGAUGUGCUCAGCUUUCGUGCGCUCAGCUGGAAAAUGCUGUUAGGGUAUUUAGGACCCAGGCGUAGCACUUGGUCGACGACGCUGGCACAGAAACGUGCGCUGUAUAAACAAUUCAUUAUGGAGCUUGUGCUACCGCCUGGUCAUACACAUAACGGCGAAGGUGACAGCGAUGAUGGUAAUGAAUCAAGGGGCGUUGGCCUAAAAGAUCAUCCGCUCAGCGAGGGUCCGGAAAGCGCUUGGAAUACAUUUUUCAACGAUAACGAAUUUUUGCUACAAAUUGAUAAAGAUGUGAGACGACUAUGCCCAGACAUAUCGUUCUUUCAGCAGCCCACAGAGUAUCCAUGCGAUAUUGUUGUCCACAGCAAGGGAGAGCAGGGCCGAAGGCUACACGAACGAGUUGUGCCCUCCGUUUUAAGUUCGGCAAAUGUUGAACGUAAAGGUCUAGGGGUGACGAAGAUAAACUUGAUUACAAAGCGCUCGGCGGAAAACUACGCCGCAAUGGAAGAAGGUCAAGAAGCUCAUUGGGAGGUUGUGCAACGAAUAUUAUUUAUCUACGCCAAACUGAAUCCCGGCCAGGGUUAUGUACAAGGCAUGAACGAAAUAGUUGGACCUAUAUACUAUGUUAUGGCCUCAGAUCCUGAUCUCUCAAAUCGCGCACAUGCCGAGGCGGAUUGUUUCUUUUGCUUUACUGCGCUAAUGAGUGAGAUACGAGACUUUUUCAUAAAAACUUUGGACGAUGCGGAAGGUGGCAUAAAGUGCAUGAUGUCUCGGCUGUCGAAUAUGUUAAAAGCAAAAGAUCUAAGCAUCUACAAUCAUCUCAAGAGCCAGGAGUUGCAUCCACAGUACUAUAGUUUCCGAUGGAUCAAUUUAUUACUCUCACAAGAAUUUCCACUGCCAGAUGUGUUACGUAUAUGGGAUUCAAUAUUCUCGGAUGAGAAUCGUUUCGAUUUCCUCAUCAAAAUAUGCUGCUCGAUGAUAUUAAUUCAACGGGAGGCCAUACUAGAGAAUGAUUUUGCGUCGAAUGUGAAGCUGUUGCAGAAUUAUCCACCCAUUGAUAUUAACGUUGUUCUGACGCAUGCUGUCUCACUGGCGUAGCAGUCGCCGUACUCAAAUUCGAAUUUAUGCCACAGCUUGCAAUUUCUAUUUUAUUACCUGAUUGAUCGAGAUUCUGAUGAGCAAUACGUAAAGCAAUUAUUGACGAAUGUAUCAAAACGCACGUUCCAUAUACUAAGAACUGUCUGUAUUUAUACACAUGCUUUUGAUAAAACAUUUAAUUUUUUAAACCUGAUUAAACUACUGAAUUUUAA